CGCAGAGCGAGGAGCAGGCGCCGGGAGCGCUGAGUCGCGGCCGCCCCGCCGGGCCCCCCGAGGGAGGACGCUCGCGGCAGCCAUGGAGCUGGCGGACGGCGUAGUGUACCAGGAGGACCCAGGCGGCCCCGGCCCCGCCAUGAUGUCGGAGCGGGUGUCGGGGCUGGCAGGCUCCAUCUACCGUGAGUUCGAGCGGCUCAUCGGGCGCUACGACGAGGAGGUGGUGGCCGAGUUGAUGCCGUUGGUCGUGGCCGUCCUGGAGAACCUGGACUCGGUGUGCGCCCACAGCCAGGAAACGAGUGUGGAGCUGGAACUGCUGCGGGACGACAACGAGCAGCUCCUCACGCAGUACGAGCGGGAGAAGGCGCUGCGCAAGCAGGCCGAGGAGUCUAACUUCACUUUUUUGUUCAGGAAAUUCAUCGAGUUUGAGGAUUCUCAAGAACAAGAGAAGAAGGACUUGCAGACCAGUGAAGCAUUAGAAUCUCAAACUCGCCAGCUUGAGCUAAAAGCAAAGAACUACGCUGACCAAAUUAGCAGACUUGAGGAGAGGGAAGCAGAGCUGAAGAAGGAGUACAAUGCACUUCAUUCAAGACACACAGAGGUCUUACUCCAAAAUGGACAGCAGCCUCUGCUGAUGAUUCACAAUUACAUGGAGCACUUGGAAAGAACCAAACUUCAUCAGCUCUCGGGGGGUGAUCAGCUAGAAUCCACCACACACAGCAGGAUUAGAAAGGAGCGCCCUAUAUCUCUGGGCAUCUUCCCCCUGCCUCCAGGAGAUGUCCUGCUGACACCCGAGGCCCAGCGAGAGGUGGGGGAGACGCCCGGGUCGGAGCACUGGAAGUUCCAGGAGCUGAGCCAGCCGCGGGGUCCCACACCAGCCCUGAAGGAUGAGCUCUCUGACGUUUAGCCAAGCAGGCUCAAAUCUACUACUCCAGCAUCCGCAGCCCCUUCAGAUGUACCUGUGCUGCCUGCUGAGACGCCUCUCAAGGAGGAUGUUGAAGGGCCUGCAAAGAACACAGAAGUGCCAAACGAGAAGCUGGACGUCAGCAAGAACACUGAGGUGCAGGUAGCUCAAGAGACAAGAAAUGUAUCCACUGGUGGAAAUGAAAAGAAGAAAAAAUCUGAAGUUCAGGCAAUCAUUGAGUCAACUCCAGAGCUGGAUAUGGAUAAGGACCUCAGUGGUAUAAAGGUUCCAGGUGACACUCCUACCAAAGGCAUAGAGAACAAAGCCUUUGAUCGCAACACAGAGUCACUCUUCGAAGAGCUGUCGUCUGCCGGUUCUGGCCUGAUUGGAGACGUGGAUGAAGGUGCAGAUUUACUGGGAAUGGGUCGUGAGGUGGAAAACCUUAUUUUGGAAAACACUCAGCUGCUGGAGACAAAGAAUGCAUUGAAUGUGGUGAAGAAUGAUUUGAUAGCAAAGGUGGAUGAGCUGACCUGCGAGAAGGACGUGCUGCAAGGUGAGCUGGAGGCUGUAAAACAGGCCAAACAGAAGCUGGAGGAGAAGAACAAGGAGCUGGAAGAGGAGCUGAGAAAGGCUCGUGCGGAAGCAGAGGAAGCGAGGCAGAAGGCCAAGGAGGAUGAUGAUAGCGACGUGCCCACAGCCCAGCGGAAGCGCUUCACCCGCGUCGAGAUGGCUCGAGUCUUGAUGGAGAGGAACCAGUACAAGGAGAGGCUGAUGGAGCUCCAGGAGGCUGUCAGAUGGACUGAGAUGAUAAGAGCAUCCAGAGAGAAUCCAGCCAUGCAGGAGAAGAAGAGAUCAAGCAUUUGGCAGUUUUUUAGCAGACUCUUCAGUUCCUCAAGCACUACAGCUAAGAAACCAGAGCCUCCUGUCAACGUUAAGUACAAUGCUCCCACCUCGCACAUCACUCCCUCGGUCAAGAAAAGAAGCAGCACCUUAUCUCAGCUCCCCAGUGACAAAUCGAAAGCCUUCGAGUUCCUCAGUGAAGAAACGGAGGCCAGCCUGGCGUCCCGCCGGGAGCAGAAGCGCGAGCAGUACCGCCAGGUGAAGGCUCACGUGCAGAAGGAGGACGGCAGGGUGCAAGCCUUUGGCUGGAGUCUACCUCAGAAGUACAAGCAGGCGGCAAAUGGUGGCCAGGGUGAGAAUAAGAUGAAGAACUUGCCUGUACCUGUUUACCUGAGACCUUUAGAUGAAAAGGAUACCUCUAUGAAGCUGUGGUGUGCUGUAGGGGUGAACCUCUCAGGAGGGAAAACACGAGAUGGUGGCUCGGUGGUUGGUGCUAGUGUGUUCUACAACGAUGUGACUGGAGUCGACGCAGAGGGAAACAAGCGGCAAACAGGAUCUCAAAGCAGCUUGGACAGGCUGGACCAGGAGCUCAAGGACCAGCAGAAGGAGAUGAAAAAUCAGGAAGAGUUAUCCAGCCUGGUUUGGAUCUGUACAAGCACACAUUCUGCUACAAAAGUUAUCAUCAUUGAUGCCAACCAGCCAGGAAACAUCCUGGAUAGUUUCAUUGUCUGCAACUCUCACGUGCUCUGCAUUGCCAGUGUGCCAGGGGCAAGGGAAACAGACUACCCUGCAGGAGAAGAAGGAUCUCAGGAAGCAGACCCCAGUCAAGUGGACAAGUCCUCUCUGUGUGGGAGCAUGACCAGCAACAGCUCUGCAGAAACAGACAGCUUGCUGGGAGGCAUCACAGUGGUUGGCUGCACUGCAGAGGGUGUCACAGGAGCACCCAUAGCUCAUGAUGCCAAUGGGAGCUCACCAGUGGCAGACAAACAGCCAGAUACUGCAACUGAAAAUAAUUCAGUAGAGGAGAACAUUCCAACAGCAGAGGAGGCAACAGAAGCAACAGAGGUCAGUGCAGGAACAGGAGAAGAUGCAGCUGAUAUUGCACAAACUGGAGUCUACACAGAGCAUGUCUUCACUGACCCUCUGGGAGUGCAGCACACAACUGAGGCCUCUCCAGUCUACCAGCCUAGUACUGAGUCAGAGUUGUAUAAAGAUGUUGCAGUUUUGCCAGCCGAGCAAGACCUGGUGAGAGAAGAAGCACAGAAGAUGAGCAGCCUGUUACCCACCAUGUGGCUUGGGGCACAGAACGGAUGCCUGUAUGUUCAUUCGUCAGUGGCCCAGUGGAGGAAAUGUGUUCAUGCCAUUAAACUUAAAGAUUCUAUUCUCAGUAUUGUACACGUCAAAGGGAUCGUUCUGGUGGCACUGGCUGAUGGCACGCUGGCGAUAUUCCACCGGGGAGUGGAUGGCCAGUGGGACCUGACGAACUAUCACCUCCUAGACCUGGGCCGGCCGCAUCACUCCAUAAGGUGUAUGACAGUGGUACAUGACAAGGUCUGGUGUGGCUACAGGAACAAAAUCUAUGUUGUUCAACCAAAGGCCAUGAAAAUAGAGAAGUCCUUUGAUGCACACCCGAGGAGAGAGAGCCAAGUGCGGCAGCUGGCCUGGGUGGGGGAUGGGGUGUGGGUGUCCAUCCGCCUCGACUCCACCCUGCGCCUCUACCACGCACACACCUACCAGCACCUGCAGGACGUGGACAUUGAGCCUUAUGUCAGCAAAAUGCUAGGUACUGGUAAACUGGGAUUCUCGUUUGUGAGAAUCACAGCUCUUAUGGUGUCUUGUAAUCGUUUAUGGGUAGGAACAGGAAAUGGUGUCAUCAUCUCCAUUCCAUUAACAGAAACUGUAAUCCUCCACCAGGGACGUUUACUGGGGCUGAGGGCCAACAAGGUGGCGGCAGGCUGCAGCCGCCCGGGCAGCGUCAUCCGCGUCUACGGUGACGAGAACAGCGACAAGGUGACCCCGGGCACCUUCAUCCCCUACUGCUCCAUGGCACACGCGCAGCUGUGCUUCCACGGGCACCGCGACGCCGUCAAGUUCUUCGUGGCAGUGCCUGGUCAAGUUGUUAGCCCACAAAGUAGCAGUGGAACAGAGCUAACAGCUGAUAAACCAGCCCAAGAGUCCUUCAACCAGAGUCCCUUAAAGUCCAUGUUGGUGAUAAGUGGUGGAGAAGGGUACAUCGACUUCAGAAUGGGUGAUGAAGGUGGAGAAUCUGAACUCCUUGGAGAAGCUCUACAACUUGAACCUUCUGUAGCCAAAGCUGAGAGAAGUCACUUGAUAGUGUGGCAAGUCAUGUGUGGCAGUGAGUGAACCUGUAGGAUGCAGCUGGAGACCUUAAACAGAAAAAAAAAAGCUUCUGCAUGUUUUUUAAUUUGUGGAACCUGUUUCACUACAUGAUGUUGGAGCCUUUCUUUGCUCUUUAA